AUGGUAUUCCAGAAGCUUCUUCUUCCUCUCCUUCUACCCCUCCUCGCCUUCUGCGCUGCUACACCAUCUGAAUGUGGACCAAAUGAAAUCUUCAAGUCCUUAUGCAUUCCAAACAAAUGUCAAUGUCUGCCUCAAUUCGUCCGUAAUGAAUCGAAUGGGAAAUGUGUUCGAAUCAAUGAUUGUGAUAAGAAAUGUGGAGAGGAUGAGGAGUUUUUCGAGUGUGGAACCCAUUGUGAGCCAAUUUGUGCUCAACCGGACCCUCCUUGUAUCAAAUUGUGCAAACCAAAUGUCUGUCAAUGUUCCAAGGGAUUCGUGAAACAUGAAAAUGUAUGCAUCCAGGAGGCCAACUGCCCUAAAUGA